AUGGCUUUUUACCAGGCUAAUUGGGAUACGGUUAAGACUGAUGUUCAAGCAGUGUUCGAUGAUUGGGAUUUUCUGGGCUUUGUUUUGGAUAAGAAAGGCUUUGGUGCAGUUUGGCGGAAGUGGAUGUUGGGAUGUUGGUCUUCUACAUCUUUUUCUGUGUUUUUAAAUGGGAGACCUAGGGGGAAAUUUAAGGUAUCUAGAGGUCUUCUCCAAGGGGAUUCCCUGUCACCUUUCUUGUUUAUCUUGAGAGUUGAUGUUUUGGGUAGGAUGGUGGAUAAGGCUAAGAGCGUUUCGGCUUUAAGAGGUUUCAAAGUAGGAAAAGAUUUUGUGGAGAAAUGUCAGUUGUUAGGGAUCAAUCUGGAGGAGGAUAUAGUGGAGCUUCGUGCCAAGGAGAUUGGGUGCGAGGUGGGUCAGUGGCCUAUGAAGUAUCUGGGUUUACCUCUUGGGGCCUCCCCUCACAACAAAGGCUUUUGGGAGCCCGUGAUUUCAAGUUGUGCUAAAUGUUUGGAUGGGUGGAAGUGUGUUUUCCUGUCUAGGGGUGGUAGAUUGACUCUUAUUCAAUCGAUUCUUUCUUCUAUUCCGGUGUAUUAUAUGUCAUUUUUUUGUAUUCCUAAAGGUGUGGUAGAAGUUUUGGAAAAGUUGAUACGGGAUUUUCUUUGGGAAGGUGCGGAUCAUUCUCAGUCCGAUAACCUAGUCUCUUGGAAAGAAGUUUGUAAAUCUCGGGAUCAUGGGGGUUUUGGCAUUGGAAAUUUGGAUUCGAGAAAUAAUGCAUUUCUCAUGAAAUGGCCGUGGCGAUUUUCGUUGGAAAAGAGCUCUUUGUGGCAUAGAGUGGUGAUGAGUAGGUUCAAGGUUGGGAAGGGGGACCGAAUUCGGUUUUGGGAAGAUAUUUGGAUUAACGAUGCUCCUUUAAAGCUUCAAUUCCCAGACUUAUUUUUUAUUUCCUUGUCCGGUAACUGUUUGAUUAAGGAUAUGGUGGUUUCUGGAGGAAAGGCAAGUUUGGAAAUCCUUGGGUGGGAUUUGCGUUUCAGAAGGAAUCUGUUUAAAAUGGAGGUUACCAGUCUCACUCAGUUAUUACAGUCGUUAGUGAAAUUUCUGAAUGAUUUUAUUUCUUGA